AAUCCAUAGGAGGACUUUCCAAAGCUUUUUUUCCUUUUGGUGUACGCUCGAAAGGGAGUCCCCACAACUGUCUGUCCCCGCUGCUGGACAAAACUGCCAUCGCCAAUAAUGCUUGGGACCUUGUAAAUCAGACAAUCCCUCUCUCUCUCCCUCUCUGCAAAACCCUCACCAACCCUCCCACUCCCAUAUACUCAAAUACAUACUGUAUAUCUUCUCACUCUCACUUUGGCUAUUUUCCACCCUUCGUUUCUUACCAUAUCUGUUGCUCGUUUCCUUUUCCUUCACCAUUGUUUUAUCCCAGUUUCUAGUUGCAGCAUUCCAACUCUGUUUACAUAUUUUUCCCUCUUUUCCGUGAGAGUCCUUCAAAUCAUUUAUUACCAGUACCAGGAAACUGAGGAAUAAAUUGUGUGUUGGCUAUGGGGGUGGUGUUAGGGUCUUAUUCUGCUUCAUUGGGGUUACAUUUAUUACUUGUAUUGAUUUGUUAGCUUCAAUAUAUGGAAUGUUGGUGACUGAGAGAGGGACACAGAAGGAGAAAAAGAAAGAAUUUAAGGCAUUUACUUCAACUACUGCUAAGCUGUUAUGGAGAGACUCCAAGGACCCAUUAAUCCUUAUUUCCUAGGAGAGCAUUUGGAGGUGGAAUGCUUAGAACAAGGUUUUAUUAGCUGUGAGAGAUUAAAGCUUGGAGAAGAAGAAGAGGAAGAAGCACACUUUUCAAUACCAAGCUUUGAAGAGAAAAUGCCAUUCCUUCAGAUGCUUCAGAGCGUGGAGUCUCCUCAGCUUUUUGCCUUUAAAGAACCCAACUUCCAGACACUUCUGAGACUGCAACACAUGAAGAAGCCUUGGGAGCUAAACACCAAUCCUUUUAUUCCUGAAAUGGAAACCCAAGUUCAAGCCCUAGAACUGGAAAGUUGUGUCACCCAUGAAACAGUACUCGACUUACAUUCACCAGUCAAGUCCGAGACCAAAGAGCUUAAGAAAAGUCCACCUUCAAGCUCAUGCGCUGAAGUUCUCAGCUCUGGGUCUAACCAACACCAACCAAAGUCUGACAAUUGUAGCGGAGAACCCAACUUGGGCUCCUCGCCGCAGAAGAUUUUCACAAAGUCCCCUCCGAUCACUAGAGAACGAAGAAAGCGAAAACGAACGAAGGCAGCCAAGAACAAAGAAGAAGUUGAAAGCCAACGCAUGACCCACAUUGCCGUUGAACGAAACCGUAGACGUCAAAUGAACGAUUAUCUAAAUUCUCUCCGCUCUCUCAUGCCUCCAUGUUAUAUCCAAAGAGGUGACCAAGCGUCAAUCAUAGCUGGUGCAAUUGACUUCGUUAAGGAGCUAGAGCAACUUCUUCAAUCCCUGGAAGCACAGAAGAGAACAGGAAAAGUCCACGAAAGCAACAAUAGCAUGUCAAAUCCCGCCAUGGAAAUUCAUCAGCAAGAAUAUGAAAAUGGAUCUGAAGAUGGACAUUGGGAGGAAGUAAAAGCAGAAAGCAAAACAGGUGCAGCUGAAGUAGAGGUUAAUGUAAUACACAAUCAUGUCAACUUAAAGAUUCAGUGUUCAAGAAGAGCUGGUCAGUUGAUACAAGCCAUUGUCACCCUGGAAACUCUUCGGUUAACGGUUUUGCACCUCAACAUCACCACUUCGCGAGCAUCUGUUCUUUACUCGUUCAAUCUCAAGAUGGAGGACGACUCUGCGCUAAGAUCAGCGGAUGAGAUAGCAGCAGCAGUUCAUCAAAUAUUCAGCUAAAUUCAAAAUUAAAAUGAAAAAAAAAAAAAGGAUUUGGUCAUUAUUCAUUAGGCAGCUGACUUGAUUCCUGAAGCAAAAGUAGGGUAGAAAAGAGCAGACCAGAAAAAAAAGGUAAAAAGAGAAAAAAAAAAUGAAAAAAGAGGGGUCCAUUCCAAGCAAUGCUUUGUUCCACAAAGACAAUUGAAGACAGAGCUCUUGAUGUUUACAUCUUAACUUAAGAAACUUCCCUUGUUUAUCACUAAUGAUUUAAUUUGCUUACUUAAUAGAAAUGAUAAAUCUAUGUAAUUUCCAAGUUCCUUUUCCUUUAUUCUAUGUUUAUAUUAUUCUGGUACUAGCUUCUGGAGUGUGGGGUCAACCGAGGGCCAGCCAGCCAGCCAGCAUGCCCUGCUCUGGGACUGGUGGAGGUUUAGGAAAGUAUGGGGUUCAUCAAGUUUGAAAAUUUGUUGUAUAAAUCUGAAUCUCAUGAUUACACUUUAGCGAAUGAUGCUCCCCUUUUUAUAUUGACUUUGGGGAUGUACGUAUGUAUGUUUCAUCAUUAUACAAUGUCCUCUCCGCCAUUCCUUUUUUUUUCUUUUAAA